UAUGUGUGUGUAUAUAUAUAUAUAUAUGUAGGAUUAUAUACCGGCCUACAAAUUAAGCAUAUAUAUAACUCCAGUCCCAUUUUUCAAGCAAUUCUUUCUUACUAAACAGUUAAUUACCUUUCUUCUUAACCAGAAAAUUAAGCCUCUCCUGCAUAAAUUACAACACCAUUUAAUCAAAACCUCGUAUAUGUACAUGCUCACACUCUUCCGAUCCCAAUCUCCUCAACCAAAAUCCACCCCCAUGAACUCAUCCACCACCUCCCCUGACCCCCAUAUAGAGGUCAACUUCACCUCCAGCUGCCGCACCCCCUCACCCGAUGAACCAAACGACUCCAACGCCGUCCCCUUACUCCUCCAGCCCUCAUACGCCAGAUCAAGAUCUUUGACCUUCGACGAGCUACGCAACUUCCGCAUAAGCCUCAGAUGGUGCGCCCUCGACCACUCUUCCUGUAUUGGAAAAUCCGUUUCCUACUUCACAUUCAUAUUCUUCACCAUCCUGGUUCCGUUUGUCAUGGCCUGCUUCUCCGUCCGAGUCCCAGCCGCAGCCUCAAUCGAUGACCCCAUCUCUUUCAACAAGCUUGUCCAACUUCCCGAGUCAGGGCUAGCCGCCAUUGCCUUCUUCACACUCUCCGGGUUCUUCCGUAGGUACGGCCUCCGCCAACUGCUGUUGCUUGACGGCUUGCAGGAAGAUUCUUUAUACGUACAGCGAGGAUACAAGCUCGAGCUUGACAAGGCGUUCCGCUACCUAGCAAUCAUACUUCUACCAUCGUUUUUCGUCGAACUCGUUCAUAAAAUCAUAUUCUUCUCCACCGUGAGUAUAUCAUUUCCAUAUGUCAGUGCAAGUGUGGCAUUGAAUUGCAUCGUGCUCGUUUUGGUUUUGGUCUCGUGGGUUUAUCGGACGGGGCUGUUCUUGCUUGUUUGUGUUUUGUUUCGGCUUACUUGCGAGCUUCAAAUACUAAGGUUUGAAGGAUUUCAAAAGAUGUUCGAGGGGUGUGAGUCCGACUGCGGUGUGAUAUUUAAGGAACAUGCGAGAAUAAGGAAGCAGUUGUUGGUGACGAGCCACAGGUAUCGGUUAUUCAUAAUUGCGUGCAUGGUUACCAUCACCGUGAGUCAGUUUGUAUCCCUGUUGCUGGUUUUGGCAUCGAAAUCUGAGAAGACUUUCUUUAAUUCCGGCGACCUUGUGAUUUGCUCAGCUGCUCAGCUCAGUGGGUUCCUGUUGUGCCUACUUGGGGCAGCGAGAAUCACGCAUAGAGCUCAAGGGAUUGUGUCGGUCGCAACUCGGUGGCACAUGGUUGUGACUUGUGCAUAUUCUGGAUCAAACCAAGGCAAAGGCCGUCAGACAAUAUCAGAUCAGGCAGAGGAUUGCAUCCCAGUAUCUAUAUGCGAUCACAACGAUUCUGAGUCGUCCGAAAUUUUCGUUUCGAUUUCCCCUGCAUUAGUACAUGGAGACCCAGCUUCCUUAUCACAAACCAGGCAAGCUUUAGUGGCAUACUUGCAACACAACAAUGGAGGGAUCACGCUGUUUGGUUUCGCGCUUGAUCGCGGAUUGCUUCACACACUGUUCGCAUUUGAGUUCUCUCUGAUGCUGUGGAUACUAAGCAAAGUCGUCGUUUUGUCAUGAUUAAUUAUUGAACAAAAUAUAUAGUCCAACAAAAUCAUCUGCAUAUUAUUUA